ACCAGCUCUCUGAGGAUCUGACAGAUCCUCUGGCAGUCCGUCUGUGAACAGGCUUCUCUCUCUCUGACAGAGCUCAACAUCUCUAAUAAUUCACACUUUCCCAUUCCCAGUAGAACCAUUAUCCCUAUCUGGACUGGGAUUUUUAAACUCCUCACAGGCUCCGGGUUUUCCUGGUGAUGACCUCAAUCCUGUGCCCUGGCAACACCUACGCUGCGAUGAAGGACCUCUCCUCAUCAUCUUCUCCUCUCACUUCCCUCCUCCACUACUCUUCCUCCAAGCCUUCAGUCGUGCCCUUCUCCCCUUCGGCCGGUCCGGCCUCGUCGUCGGGGGUGUCUCUGCAGUCUGCGUCGCUCUCCAAACAGCAGCCUUUCUGUCUACAGACGGGUCCGCACCUCAUAGCCAGCAUGCAGCUGCAGAAGCUCAACUCUCACUACCAGAACCUCGCCUCGGGGAUCUCCAACGGCCACUCGGCGCCCGGUGGAGCUCAGAAGAGCUACGGCGGCUCUCCACUUGGCACAGCCGGCCCUCUUUUGGGGCCCUCUGGAGGCCUCGGCAGUGGGAGCAUUGGUAUGGGGAUCGGCAUGGCGUCCCAAGGAUCUGGAGCAAGUGGAAUUAUUGACUUUGACCCCGUUGACGAAGAGGUACUCAUGUCUUUGGUGGUCGAGCUGGGUUUGGACCGAGCCAAUGAGCUGCCGGAGCUCUGGCUCGGACAGAACGAGUUUGACUUCAUGUCAGACGUUCCGGCCGGAUGCUGACCAGCAACUUAUAUCCCAAACCUUUGGAAUUAACAGAAAUCAAAGAGAGAGAAGUCUUCUCUCACUAAUCGUUUUCUUUCCCCUCCCUUUCUUGCUUGAUAAACGAGACGAGGAUACGAGGAGAGCGUUGAAGACACUAAAGGCACAUUCUUGGUUCACUUUUACGGACAUUAUGUUGCGGACAGCAAACUUUACAAAACGGCUUUCUUUAGUUUGUUUUGUAAUGGGGUCUGUUUAUGUUAUGAUGUUCUCACUCUAAGUUCUGUUUUCCCUUAAGAGAACCUCAAGCUCAAUAAGAGCAUUUCGUCUUUCCUCCACCACUGAACCACUGGGCCUCAAUGAAAACCAGCUGACUGAUGUGAGAGGGGUUCAAAGAGACAUACUAGCCGUUCUCUCGGAGGCCGCACUAUAAAGACGAGUACGAUGCACCUGUUGGACCCGGGAUGGUGCAUAAAGAACCCGAAAACAGCCGACCAGGACUUGAUGGGAGAGCCAAAAAAAAAAGACGGCAAACACUACGCUUCCUGUUUUCUUUAUAGACAAUAUUAAGCCUCCGCUCUCAUGGGAAAGAGACCUCAGCCUUUUUCGCCUCACAAAGAUCUGAUUGUCUGAGAACUGGUUAUCUCCACAUACUUCUCUUUCUUUUUUUGUUUGAAUUUAGAUCAAGCAGUCGUGUCCUUGUUACUUAAGACAGCAGCUGAUAUCCAUCAGGGGUCUUAAACAAGGAGACCUUCUAUAGUCGCCCUGUUUUCUAAGCAUAAUGACUCAGAUUAAGAAACGCGGAAGCUUUAGCAUGUGACAUGAAUGCCUUAAAAUAUGUCUAGCUGAGGAGCACAGUCCUUCCUAACCCAGUGGGGCCUUUUGGUCAUCUCUUAGCCAAACUAAAACAAUACAAACACAAAAUAUGUCAUCUUUAGACAUAAAAUCCAACCAGUUAUAUUGAUGCACCUUCAACUGCACUGAUUCUCUACUUUAAACAGCCUUUAUCAGCUCAAAUUCACCUCAACAUGUUCCUGCAGAGGAAGUGAUCUCUGCUCCGCCUCUUCAGCCUUGUGUUUCCACGCCUUUUGACCCUGAGCGGAUGCUUCAGAGUCCGCCUGUCAUGUUGCUGUCUAGGUUGAUAAUAGAAAAUCAAGGCGUUUAUUUUCUAAGAUGAUUGCCUGAUUUGGUUUCAUAUCGUAACGCUUUCAUUUGUUUUAACCUACAGCAAUGUUUUAUCCUGGCAGCUGCCUACACUAUUUUAGAGGAGUGGAAUCACUUGCCUGUACAGAUCCCUCAGGCUAUAGACGCUGAAACGUCAAGCUGAUAAGAAAAGGGGAUUUCAGUGGAUCUGACUAGUUCCUGCAGCUCAAAUCAGAUAGAAGCUGUCAAUGUAUGUGGAGACCUAUCAAUCCUACUGUACCCUGUGUUUUCUUUGCUUUUUUAAUUUGUUUAAAACAACAGAAAUUAAAGAAUUUACCAAGAAUUUAUGGCAGAUAUUUCUGGUCAAACUUUACAUAAAGAUCAUCCUUGGAUGAUCUUUAUGGAGGAACCCGGGACUCUGAGAUGUUUCCUCUGUAUUCAGCUGAAGCCUUAGAAACUGUUUCCUGAAAGAGUUGAAUAAAAUGUGUGUUUAUGCCGUGGAGGCCUUGGGUUUAAAUGAUGUAAACCUUUUUAUACAUGUGAAACAAGAUGUCUAAUGGUGGUUUUCAUGUUAGCCCUGUUAUAUGAUUUAAAUACUUCAUAAACGCAUCUGUAGACAGAAACACCUAAAUCAAUAUUUAUCAGGCAAAGACUAGUGAUUUUAACUCCCUGGUGUUUAUUCUUUCAUUGGUCAUGUAUUUAUAUGAUCAUAAAUAAAGUUUAAACUGUA